AUGCAUGGCUCAGGGGAUGACUGGGUGAAUGCGUGGCCGAUUGAGAUUUAUCUUGACCAGGGAGCGGCAUUCGAUACUCUGUGGAGCGACAACCCCAUCCCCGACCCACCAACCAGUGAUCUGGACCGAACGAGGUCGAAUUGGUUCAACGUUCUGACGCAGCUGAAGCUUGAUGAGCCGGAAGUCGACAUACUCAGAGACUUUGCCGAGCAAUUAUCAAUAGCAAUCCACAUGGCCCAACCAGGCCCUGAGGUAAUCCCAACCAAUCCGCCUCUCUUCACGGCUGGCACAGAUCAUAAUGGGUACAUCAAAGCUGUUACCACAUUCAUCACGGAUGUUCAGAAGGAUCUGGAGACAUGGACUGCUACGUAUCGRCGAAUGUCGGCAGAUUUUGGUGUCACUGCAGUAAACGAUCUUCGCACAGCCCUUGCAACUGCCAUUACAGCGUACGGCCUUGAUGGAGGCACCAACCGUCUUCAGACAUCCGAAAGCGAGGUUUCAAGGAUAUGGAUGAGGGAGCUUCAUGAUGUCGUCGCAGAGCGGAGCCCGACGACAAUGGCUUGGUUCCAAGCACAAUUCAACUACAUCAAUCAUUAUCGACGUUUCAUCCAGUACAUCAAUCCUUGGCCGUCUUCUGAUAUUCAAGGCUUCGUUCGGCAACUAGAAACAUACGAGAAGAUGUGCAAGCAGUUGGAGAAGAUUAUUGAAAACCUCAAGGCACGGCAUUUGGACGCAGCGAGCAGUCAGUGGAAAGCCCGCAUCAAGGAGGAGAUCAACCUUGACACUCGCAAGCUUGAUUACCGAGACUACCAUUACAUGCUCAGUCAUGUGAGAGCUGGAGGCAUGCCAUACGAUCCUGAUCAUCUUGCGAACGUGAGACAACGCUGGCUGGAUCUUGCAAUUGAGGUCACGAAUCGCGACCCAGCUGGAGUUGAACAAGCUGAAUUCAAUGAGUUGAGAGACCAGGCAUUCGCCCUGAUCACCCGAGGGAUUGUGACCGAACCGCCAUCGGCUGAUUGGGACCAAGCAAUGACGCCAGCUGGGUACAUGGUCCUCGUUCGCCAAGCCGUCCUUGAUCAAAAUCUGAACAGCUUCGACAGAAGCUGGGAUCUUGCCAUUGCUCAAGAAGCGGACCUACGACCAAACGACUACAUGCAACAGCUUUUAGAAACCCUUCGCAACCAAAUGAUGACAGCGUUUCGUCAGUCGGGCGAACCCCUCUGGGGAGAGAGCCAAGCUUUCGAUCUAAACACAUGGCGAGGUGUUCGCGAGAGAGCCGAGGAUCAAAGCGUUGAUAGGCAUACCAAAGCUCGUAUCGAAGACCUUCACGACGAAGUGAUUUCGUUCUCAAGACGAUACGGUGUUCUAGUUGAAUGUCUUGAAGUUCCCGAGGAAACAUUGGAGAGCGGGUUUUGCGAGAGACUCGUGAAAAACGCUAGAAAGAAGAUGACUCGAAAUGCUAACUUGAUAUGGGAUUCAUACCAGGACUUGGUUCGUUCCAACGCCAACGCCGACGAGAUGCGAGAACUGUUGGCUUUCAGGGCUACAAGGGAUCGACUCUUUGGUAUGGGACUGGACUUUCCGCCUCAUGAAGCUGCUCCUGAUGUUGUCUCAUACUCCGUCCGAGCCUCCAUACUGGGUUUCGGCGGAGACCGGAGCGGYGUAAACGGCGUCUGGACCUAUCGAUGUCCGGUUGGAGAAGGCGGCUUUGGACACGCUGGACUUUGGCUAAGAUACGAUAAUCUCGGGAAUAUCCUCGAACGAAAAGUUGUGAAAGAGACCUACCUGGAGAACGACUUCAACAGCGAGAAGUGGUGGGUGGACCAAAUGUUCCGCCGAGUUGUGAAAGAAGAAAAUAUCACAAGAGAGCUCUCCGCGAUGGUAGGCUCCGAGAAUAUUGMUCACUCCGAGGGAUAUGCGUUAUAUGAGAAGCUGCGAAUGUACAGAGUAUAUAUGGAAUACUGUCAGCACGGCGAUCUUGCCGAGCUCAUUGAUCGUGCACGGGGAGCAAAUGCCCAGAGACGCAAAACCGCAGACAAUACCGUGCUGAGAUACGACAUUCCCGUCCGUCAAGUGUGGGCCAUUUUCGACGGACUUGUCACAGCGCUUUGCUUGUGUCAGUAUGGAAAAGCAACACCCUCGUUCGUGGCAGGUCAUACCCUGAUCCUUCAUCGUGACAUCAAGCCCGCGAACAUCUUCUUAGCAGCUGCUGAUCCUGAAUUCUGGCAAGGGAUCCCGACCACCAAGCUAGGAGACUUUGGARUCGCUAUCAGGACAUCAGACCUAGGCURGACAAAGCCAGGUCGUGGUACCGAUGGCUUUCGUGCACCUGAGCAAGAGAUAUACACCGACACAGCCUCCAAAGCCCGAGCCAUCACCUGUCCUGUAAGCGAAGUAUGGGCAGUCGGAAAAGUCAUGCUAUCCCUCAUGAACCUGCAAGUCGACUACGUACCAAUCAAAUUCAACCACGACGUCGAUGCCAUCUUGACUCUGGAAUGGAAGGAGGGCGUAGAAGCGAGGUACGGCGAGGAUCUCUGCGAUUUGGUCAAGAGCUGUUUUGAAUUUACUCCUGCUGCAAGACCCAGUGUUGGAGAGUUGUGGACUUCUAUCCAGGAUAAUAUCACUGCGAAUGGAGGGAAUUUGAGGACUGGUGGACCUCUUGAAGGUGAGAUUUUGGAUGUCAAGCAGGAUUUGUAUGCGCUGUUUGCGAAGUGA